CCAACCCCAGGGCCAAGUCAAGAAGGAGCUCAGCCACUAUCUCCCCACCGAGCCAGCUCAGCGGGCAGGGCUGGGAGGGAGUGGGACAGAUUCUGGGAGUGCAGCGGGGAGGAGUCCCAGCUGGGCUGAGCGCAGGGAGCUGCUUGGCAGUGCCAGAGCCCAGGCCCCAGAGCCCUGCUGGAGAGGAGGCAGACUGAGGCAGCAGGCCCCGCCAGCAGGCGAAGCAGGGAGAUGUCAGACUGCUACACGGAGCUGGAGAAGGCAGUCAUUGUCCUGGUGGAAAACUUCUACAAAUAUGUGUCUAAGUACAGCCUGGUCAAGAACAAGAUCAGCAAGAGCAGCUUCCGCGAGAUGCUCCAGAAAGAGCUGAACCACAUGCUGUCGGACACAGGGAACCGGAAGGCUGCGGAUAAGCUCAUCCAGAACCUGGAUGCCAAUCAUGAUGGGCGCAUCAGCUUCGAUGAGUACUGGACCUUGAUAGGCGGCAUCACCGGCCCCAUCGCCAAACUCAUCCGUGAGCAGGAGCAGCAGAGCAGCAGCUAGAGACCCCUUUGGCCACACCUUCCAGGCACUGGCCUGAUGCCCCACCCUGGUGCUCUCUCCAGGCUCCCUCCUUAGCCUCCUGCCCACCCAGGGCCCUUUACUCUCUUCUCCCUCCAGACCUUCCUCUGACCCUUGCUGAACUGGGGUCCCUUUGUGAGUGUCUCAGUCUAGGGGUACCUCCCUCUCUGGGGGGGGUCUCAGCUCCUGGAGUCGCAGGCCCUUGGGGCCCCUCUGUGAGAUCUCAAUGCUGUCUGGGACCCUAAGAGUUUUCUCACCUGUUCAGUCUCAUCUAACCUUCCAAUGUCUGAUGUUCCUGCCAAAUUCCUGCCUGAUUCUGGGUCCGUCCUGACCUCCAAAGGUCAGCUUGGUGCUUGAGGUCUCCCUGCUCUUGGUGGCAGUGGUAGCAGCAACAGCAGCAGCAGCAGCAGCAGCAGCAGCAGCAGCAGCAGCAGCAGCAGCAGCAGCAGAGACCUCUCCACUUUCCCUUAGCCCCUCUGCCGGGUAGAGAGGCACUUUCAGGGACUUCCCUCCAGCUGCCUCUUCAUCUGGGAAUGAGCUAAGCAAGGCUGAGCCUCCUCCUGUUGCUUGAAAUAAUGAUGAUAUAAAGGCUGGAUUUGGAGUUUGUAUCCCCUGGUCCCUCUGGGAUGCUCAUUAAAACCUUCCCACUCCUUGGAAA